AUGCGAUGCGGUGUGUGUGUGUGUGUGUGUGUGUGUGUGUGUGUGUGUGUGUGUGUCCGACGUGUUCUUUUCCCUGUACUUGUUGCUUCCUCUCAGCGUCAGCAGCUUGGCCGCUGUUGGUCACGUCGUAUUAUUCUAGACAAACCGUUGAGUGUCAUUCGUUUGGGUCCAUGACGUAUAGGACGCAACAUGGCAGACUUCGUGGAGACAGACAGCCCUUUACCCACGCCCACACUCGAGAGGAAGUUCAGCGGCUCCAGACAGGACCCUAAGAGCACCCCACCCUUCGUCAGGAAAGGCUGCUUCAGGAGGAAAGGUGGCGGGAAGGCGGAGGGCAGUAGCCAGAAGGGGGACGGCCGAACCAAAGGGAAAAGUUCGCGGAAGGAUCACGAUAAGGGCGGGGUGGUGGCGACCUCGUACAGGAAGUUAUGCCACAGCCUCAGCUCGAGUCGCCUGAGCGCCAAGGAGAGCCACGGUCCCGCUAGCACCUCCCAGGAGCCUCGCCCCUCCCCCACCGUCACCCGCGUCACCAGCACAAACGGGUCGGUUGUCACCACGCCCACCCACACCAUAGCUCAAACUAUUGCCUUACACACAAAGACAACGCCUGAUUGCAGCACCGGGGCCGGAGGGGAGAAGCAGCGCAGCUUAGGAGAGAAGCCAGUCCGGCGUGCCGUGCCUGCCAGAAGCAGCGCAGCGCACCGCGAGGACAGUGACGAGGAAGAGAAGACGGAGGAGAUCAGUGUGGUCUGUCUGAGCUUCAAGAAAAUCAGUGAUACAGACACACAAUUUGAGGCAAACAUGACCCAGCCCAGCGCCCCGGACUGCGCGGGACAGGAUUCGGGAAGAAACGACAUCAUGCACACACAAACCAGACGUUCAGGGACAGCAGCUAAGGAAAGUGAUGAGGGCAAGGAUGGUGGACAGGUGGCUGUUCGGUCCGUCCGGCCCACUGGCUGGGCAGAGCCGUUGUUCAGGCCUGAAGGGUCUCCCAGUGGGCGCCUCAGGAAUAAGUCUGCCGUCGCUGAGGAGCACACGGAUAUAAUACUGAGGCGACAGUCAGGCCGGAGCAGCGACAGGAAGAUUCCAAACACUCCGGAGCGCAGCGUGGCUGUCCUCCGGCGGGGCAGCCUGCAGGACAGGUGCUUCAUGCGAUGGUCUACCUUCACCGACUUUGAUUUUGAAAGCGCACCAACUUAUUUUGAAAACUCAGAGACUUGCACUGAAGAGAAGAUAGAAGCCUCCCCCAGCAGGACGCGCAGAAAAGAUGUUGGUUCCCGCUGCCACCGAAACACAAACGAGAGUCCUCAGAGACGCGAAGAGGGCGAGGUCAGGAAGCCUGGCUCCUCACCUCUCAGUCAGCCUGUUGUUGGUAGUGAAACAAGCCUGACUGAGGCUGUGGAAAGCAAGGACCCAGCGCCGCAGCGAGAGGUGGCCCUGAAGAAGGCUCUUAUGAAGCUUGGUGCUGAAUUUGGGAAAAAAUCUGAGAAGUCCACUUUUGACAACUUGGUGAGCAUCUGCAGCGAGACCAUGGCGAGCAGCAUGAGGCACUGCCAAGCAGAGUCUCCGAACGAGGCGCCCGGCAAGUUGACAGACGUGGGCAGGGAACAAGCAGCUCUUCUGUUUGGGGACAUUGUGAAGGAGUUCGUCGCUAGACUCCCCUCCGAUGUGGACCAGAUAAAGACCAGCCUACCUACAGACCCGCCUAUUUCUGAGAACUUUUCUGGUCCUCACUACUUGCCGUCACCAGAACCACCGGACACGCUGAAAGUGAUGCAGGAGGCCAUUGAGAAAGCCUGUGACGGGCUGCUGGCCACCCAUGUCCAUGAGGUGCCUGAAGAGCCUCCUCAAGCAGCGCCAGGCUCCCAGGCCCCUGAAACCACGGACUCAGCCGCCCCGGUGAGCCGUGACGACACCAAGACGAACACUUUUGUUUUUCCUUCCUUCGCCAAGAUGGAGGAGUCCAAGGUGCUCAGCCGGAGAGGCUCGAUGGACAGGAGAGCCUCACUUGACCUCCAGGAGUUCUCAAGGGUCCGGUUAAGUAAGACUGGGAAAAUCGAAGUGGUGAAUGAUGGUAGCGGAACUGACGAUGAUUUAGACCGCGAAGACGAGCCUCAAGACUCCCCCCGUCCCCCCGAUGACCCGCCGCCCGCCAGCGACACUCCGCCCGUCACGAAACGCAGGCCCAGCCUAACAGAGCGGCUCAGUCAAUGGCGCCUCUCAUGGAGUUUCAAAAACAACCCGUUGCCGCCACAGCCGCUGCCAGUGAGGAGCGAGUCUCUCAAGCUCCGGGCGCAGCAGCGGAGGGGCAGUGUGCCGGACUUUCCUUCCCGUCGGUUCUCGUUUUCCGGGACAUUUAAUGAUCUGCAUCGCUCGUACCAGAGCCAGCAAGAGUCGAGCAUCGCCAAGGCUCCUCCCGCACUGAGGGGGAAGAGCUUCCUCGAGCAGCCCACGUCCGCCGCCGCCAGUCGCAGGCGAGGCUCAGUGGCUUCCUGCCUCACCCUGGCGCCGCCCCAAGCCGACAGCGGAUAUGUCAGGAGGGCAAGUUUUGAUGACCGAAUGAAGAAAGGCGGCAAGGAGUCAGUGGACAAAGCCUCUGACGCCUUCUCUUACUUCUUGGACUACCCUGUGCUGCACCAAGAUGCGCGAGAGUUGGCGCGGCAGGAGCUUCACUCUGCGCUGCGGGAGUCGUGCAGUCGCGGGGAUGUGUCGCGCGCCAAGGCCAUCCUGCGUGACCUUGGGGCCGAGGCGCAGAUCAUCAUUAACUCUGCUCCCAAUGGCUCCAACACGCUCCUCUUUAAGGCGUGUGAGGAGGGCCAGCGGGAGAUGGUGCGGCUACUGCUGGACCAUGGGGCGGAUGGCAGGAUCCACCCGGUCACCAAGUACUCACCCCUCUACAUCGCCUGCUAUUACGGCCGCAGGGACAUUGCCGAGAUGCUGCUCAAGAAGUUCCCGUGCCUGGCGUGUGUGUCUACAGUGGAGCGGUGGCUGCCCCUCCACGCCUGCAUCAUCAACAGCCACGUCUCUGUGCUGGAGUUGCUGCUCAAGUUUCCCUACCCAGAGGAAGCUCUCCAUAAAUACUGGGACAAGACGGGUCAGUUUGAAUAUGACAUGGCCUUCGACAUCAACAUGAAGGAUGUGACGGGACAGAGUGCCCUGUACCUGGCCUGUUAUGUGGGCAACCAGAAACUUGUGGAUUUACUGUUGAAGCACCGAGUCCAGGGCCACCGGGUGAAGAGUAAAGAGGAAUUAGAGGAAGGAAGCCUGAAGGAUCAGGAGACCAGCAGCAACGACUCCAAGUCCAGCAGCAGAGAGAACACCAAGAGCAGCCUUAAUGCCAACACAGACUCGGCAGAAAAGACGGAGGAGGUGACAAGCCCCACCAAGCACCGCAUCUCUGGGGGCAUCCAGGCACUCAUGUCCAAGCUGAACCUGGUCAAGACAGACAAUGCUCACAAGGACAACAUGUUAUCCCCACUGGACAUUGACAUGUAUUGUAACAGUAACACAGAAACUGCACUCCACAUUGCUGUCAAGAACAAGCACCACAUCAUAGUGUCGAUGCUCCUGACGGCAGGAGCCAACCCCAACCUGAGGGUGUACUUGCCAGAUGAUGAGAUGGCACGGCUGGCAGAGGAUGAGUACAUUUUCACAGGGUCCACUGCCCUUGUGGAGGCAUGCCGCAACAGGGACCUGGGCAUGCUGGACCUGCUGCUGAAGAGCCAUGCCCGGGAUGACGAGUGCAAAGCACUCUUCAUUGCUGCUCAUGCCAAGGAUGAAGUCAUUGUGUCCAAGCUACUUGCCCUCAAGGCUCACCCUGAUCCAGAGUUCAAGGUCAACAAGCGAGCCCUGGACAUCAAACCUAGCCAGCAGUUCAGUUCCCUCAAUGUGGGCAGUGGUGGGGGGGUGUACUCCUCUCUGGCCCCCUCCACCCCUGUCAUGAUCAACUGGCAUGGCCAACGCUGUCUCUCCUACCUCAAGGAUCAGUGGCUGGUGGAUGCCUCAGUAAAUCUGAACCCCAAGCUGAGGCUGAGUCCCCGUAACCAAGUCAUUGCUCUGUACGCCAUCACAAGGCUGGACAUCUCCAACAAUGCCCUCACAGAGCUGCCGGACAUGAUCUUCCAGCUGCCGAGCCUCAAGAUUCUAAAUGCAGCCCAGAACAAGAUAGAGAAGCUGCCUCCCUCCAUUGGUCAGUUCAUUGACGGCACUGUGACACUGCCCAGGAAAGGCUCAAAGAAAGAGUUGUUCCAAGGUCCUCUGUCUGUCCUGGAGGAAGUGCACUUACAGGACAAUCGGUUGGACAACUUGCCGGAUGGAAUUUUCACCCUGCCAGCGCUGCAGCUCCUGGAUGUGUCCAACAACAAGCUGUCCUCUCUCCCCUACAAGAUCUGGACUGCACCAAAACUUAGGGAGCUCAAUGUGUCCCUCAACCUGCUGCACGACCUUCCUGUGCGGCCUGAGGGUCACGGACAUGAUUCUGGAAUUGGCUCAGAUGCCAUGAGUGAGGUCAGUGAUGAAGACAGCAUGUCAUCCAUGAGUGACCUUCACCUCAGUCUCCCAGAUGACCUCACGGAAGAGUCUCCAGCUCGCCGCAAGACUCCCGACCCGAGAGGAGUGCUGUCUUUGGGGAAACACGGCAACGUGGUGACCUGCUGCCGGCGGCGUGAGCUGAAGCAUCACAGCCUGUGGUCAAGCGCUGUAGAGAUACAGGAGUCACUGAUGGGGGUAAGGGAAACAGAGGAGGAAACUCUGUCCAAUCUACAGUCCCUCAAUCUGUCCCACAACUCCUUCAUGUGCGUUCCCAACGGUUUGGCUUGCCUGGCACUCUCCCUCAACCGUCUCAACCUCAGCUACAAUAGACUAACAGAGAUGGGCUCAGCAAGCAGCUACCCUGUGGGGCUGAAGCAGCUGGACCUCUCCCACAACCGCAUCCGAGCCUGGCCCACUGUUGCCCGUAGUGAGUCCCUGGAGAGCCUUGAAUCCACAGUCUCCUCCUGCUAUGCUCUGGCUGAGAUCACUAAGAACAACAAGUUCUUGUGUCCAGCUAGAUCCAAUAAAUACCCCUCCUUUUCCUUUCCCCCAUUUUACAUAUAUGCAGGCCGCAAGUAUAGCCAGAACUUGAGUGUUGCCCGGGCUCGGGGAGGAACAAGCUCUCCCAUGGGCACCUCCCCCACCCCUGGCAGCUGCAUCCACCGCCGCCAUAUGCGCCUGGAGUCGCUGCGCACUCUCAUCCUGGCAGACAACAAGCUGACACGCCUUUCACUCUAUCUGGAUGAGAGUGACUUCUCUCUUGUGACUGAAGUUGAUGAAAAUGAAGCAAGCCCCGUCCGAACCAGCACUCCUCGAAAGUCUUGGUUACUCUUCCCCAACCUGUCAAUGCUGGAUGUGAGCAACAACCAGCUUCGGGACCUGCCCACCACCCUCCACGAGCUGACCAACCUCUCGGUCUUGAACAUAUCUGGCAAUGACGACAUCACAGAGCUUCCUCCAGAGAUGGGCCUCCUCUCUCGCCUCUGGAACCUCAACACCCGAGGCUGUUCCCUGCAGGAGCCACUCAAGUCCAUGAUUGAAAGCAAGAAGUAUAAAACCAUGGAUGUCAUAGGUUACUUGAAGAGUAUAUUGGAGGAUGCCAGACCCUAUGCAAGAAUGAAACUGAUGAUUGUGGGUGUGCAAGGGAUUGGAAAGACAUCCCUCUUGGAGCAGCUACGGCAGGAAGGAACUGGCUCCUACAGGAAGAAGCCAGUGGAGCACUGGGCCAAGAGGAUGGGCAACAAGAACAUCAACACCCGCACCUCCCGAGGCACCAGCAUGUCAACUGUCGGCGUGGACAUUGGGGACUGGAUAUUUGAGAAGAAAAUAAGGGGUCACAGCAAUUAUGGUCCAGUAGUCUUCAGGACUUGGGACUUUGGAGGACAGAAGGAGUACUACGCCACACACCAGUACUUCCUGUCCAAACGCUCCCUGUACCUGGUGGUGUGGAAGAUCAGCGAUGGGGAGCGAGGGGUGGCUGAAAUCCUGCAGUGGCUCGUCAACAUCCAGGCCCGAGCUCCCAACUCUCCAGUGCUCAUUGUGGGGACUCACUACGACCUGGUGAAGGAGAAAUUCCCACCAUCCUGGAGCGAGGACCUCCAGCAAAUGAUCCGUGACAAGUUCAUCAACGUGAUAGACGCAGACAAAUUGGGUCUUCCAAGAGUCCUGGACACCAUAGAGGUGAGCUGCAAGACAAGGCAUAAUGUUAAGCUUCUGUGCAACUUGAUAUAUGACACUGUGUUCUCCCUCAAAACACCAGGGAGCAAAGAACGGCUUCUAGAGCAGCGGAUCCCUGCCUCCUACCUGGCGCUGGAGGACGUGAUAGGCGUUCUGGCUCUGGAGCGCCGGGUGCAGGGCCGUGACCCAGUGCUGACGGCAGACAAGUACCAGACCUUGGUGACCCAGGAGAUGUCCAGCCGAGGUCACCGCCCCUUCAGGGAUGUGGCGGAGCUCAACCAAGCCACCACCUUCCUGCACGAGAAUGGUGUGAUGCUGCACUAUGAGGAUGCCACUCUCAAGGACCUGUACUUCCUGGACCCUCAAUGGCUCUGUGAUAUGCUGGCCCAUGUGGUCACCAUCAGGGAGAUCAACCCCUUCGCUAGGAAUGGCAUUAUGAAGUUGGAUGACCUCAAGCAUGUGUUCAAGUCCUCAACGUGUGCCCCGGUGGAUGCCAAGUCUUAUAUAGUGAAUCUCCUCAACAAGUUUGAAGUGGCAUUGACAUGGGACAACAGGACACUGCUCAUCCCCUCCCUGCUGCCCUCAGAGGAACAGCUGCGUAGUGGCCUGCCUGGGACGGAUGUCAGGAUCCCUGUACGCUCAAGGGGCUGGGCCAUCAGGAACAAGAAGUUCUCAACCUCUACUGGGUCUACCAUAGUGGGGAACUCCUCCUUCUACAUGAGUAGCACUGAGGAACGCAAACCUCGGCCACUCUCCUCUCAUGGCCUCACUACAGAAGCCAUAGGAAGCCCCAAAAAAGAAGGUGCUGAUGGCAGUCCUGCAUUGUGUCCUGAGCCCCCAGCAGUCCAAGUCACUCAUCGCUCUGCUCCCCACGCUGCCAUCCGCCGUCUCCUCCUCAUGUCCUAUUUCCCCUCUGGAUUCUGGUCUCGACUGAUCACCCGCAUCCUGGCAGACGACACAGUGGUAGACAUUGUCAGGAACUACUUUGUCAUGCCACGAGAGGUGUUGAAUGACCGAGGGCUAUCAUCAGUGCUGGGAGGGCAGGCAGAGUGGAUGUGUUGGCAGACAGGUAUGGAGCUGCACUAUGCCCACACCACACUCUUCCGCAUGAGGGAGGUGCUGCCAUGCUUCUCACACGGCACCCACCACAUGCCUCAUGGACACGGCGGCCCCCCACCCGGCUCCUCACAGUCCUCCACACAAACCAAUCACUUGUAUUAUGACUACAAGAGUAUGCGCUUCCUUGUCCGCCAGGAGGGAAUGUGGUCAGACGUAGAGGUGAACAGCUCAGCUGUUUUGGAGAUUUGCCUACCCAAUGAGGCUGUGGUGAUCAAGAGACCCUUCCAAGACAAAGAGGUGGCCAAUCCUGCAGCAGACAUCCUUGCCAAUGGCAUCCAGAGUGUGGUGCUGGACCCGGCGCCGGAGUGCGUGGCCAAGCUGCUCUCCCUGGCCGUGGAUCAUAUAGACACUCUGCUGGAGGACUGGUAUCCUACACUGGGCACACGCUUUGUUCACACCAGUGAAGGAAAGUUCCUAGUGACCCGCCUGGUGCCUUGUCCUGUGUGUCUGGAGUGUCACGGGCAGCACGAGGGGCCGGGCAACCAUCCCCAGGCCCGGCACCUCCCUGACAACUGGGGAUCCUUUGUUGAGAUGAACCCUUUGUACUGCUCCAUGACAGCCUCUCAGAUCUCCCAGGACCUGACUGCAUCCCACAGCUCCUCUCUUGAGCGCUCACUCCUCACUAACAGUCUCCUGGGAAGUCUAGCUCCGUCCCAGCAGGGCCAUCCUGCAACAAUGCCCUUUGGUAAUGUGGCUUCAUCACAACCUGGGGGCUGCAACUCUUCCUCAUCCACCCCUGCCGGAGGGGGCGGGGGUGUCUCCCCAGCUGGUGCUGCAGCAGGUGUGGGAGGAAACAUGUCGCCUCAGCUGCCAAGGCGUAGCUGGGGGUCCCGGGAGUCCUACACCUCAGAUGGGGACAGUGGCGUUGGGGCCGAGUCCACCACCUCCAGCACAAGGCAAAGUCAAAGGCUUCCUCUCAUCGCUGCCUCACCUGCCCUAUCCAGUCGCAAGGCGUCGGCAGAGGGGCGGCCAGACCUAGACAACAGUGCCAACAACGAAGGUGAAAGUACCGGUGCCCAGGAGGUGACGCCGGUGGUCUACUCCUUCAUGGUGGAAGAGUGUAUCCUGGCUGCCUACACUGCCCGUUCCGUGCCCUGCCCACUCCACGCUGACUUGCUCCUGGCACAGAUUGCUCCUGAUACCGUGUUCCUGGAUCUGGGUGACCGGUACUUGGUGCGGCCAGAGGUCAUCAAACAAGGGAAGCUGCUUGGGCGUGGUGGCUUUGGGUUCGUCUUCCAGGGCUCCUGUCGCAACCGCCUCAAUGGAGGACCCAUGGAUGUGGCCCUCAAGAUGUUGCAGCCUGUCGACCCAGGACCCAACGCUCGACAGAGUGCCAUUGUAGCUUUCAAGGCUGCCCAGAGCAAGUGGGAGAGAGACCCUCUGCAGUAUGCCUGCAAAGCGUACUGCUCCGCCAGACAGGAGGUCAACAUUCUGCUCUCCCUGCGACACCAACACAUUGUGCCGCUGGUUGGGGUGUGCCCUCGCCCGCUGGCUCUGGUCCUGGAGCUGGCACCGCAGGGAGCGCUGGACCAGUGCCUCAAGCAUUACCAGCGGUCUGGUGGCAGACUGUCCCUCCCCACCCUGCAAGCUGUGGUGCUACAGGUGGCUAAAGCCCUGGAGUACCUGCACGGCCAACACAUUAUCUACCGAGACCUGAAAAGCGAGAAUGUGCUGGUGUGGGAACUGCCGCCACCCUUCCACCACCAGCCUCAUCCUCGGGUGGAUGUUCGCCUCGCAGACUAUGGCAUCAGCCGGGCCAGCUUACCCACAGGCACCAAAGGCUUCGGAGGCACAGAGGGCUUCAUGGCACCAGAGAUGAUGAGGCACAAUGGGGAGGAAGAAUACACAGAGAAGGUGGACUGCUUCUCCUUUGGGAUGUUUAUGUAUGAGCUGCUCACAACACACCAGCCAUAUGAGCACUGUGAUAAUGUGAAGGAACACGUUCUGGAGGGAGGACGGCCAGCACUCACACACAGGGAGACAGAGUACCCAGUGUAUGUGCUGGAUUUGAUGGUGAUGUGUUGGUCGCAGCAGCCAAGAUUCCGACCCUCAGCCUCACAGAUUGUUUCCAUCGCCUCGGCUCCGGAGUUCACUCACCUGCUGGACGUGGCCUCUCUUGACCAUUCCCUCAACAUUAUUGAUGCCAUCAGGGUGCCUCCAGCCUAUGUCAAGGAUGAAGAUGGGGAACUGGUGAUGCGUGAGCUGGGGAACAUCUGGGUGAGCCGCACCUCCCCUCAGCUGGACAUGGUUGGGGCUGGGGAGUGGGGCUGGGCAGGGUACACCAGCAUAGAGGGACUGCCAGACACAAUCACUGCCAUGUGUUGUGUGGGUGAGCACGUCUGGCUGGGUGACAAUGCUGGCAACAUUCAUGGCUACAACACGGUGGACUACUGCCGAGUGUUCAGCUAUUGCUUGGAGCCUGAUGCCCCUCAGUCCUCCCCCGUGCGCUCCCUCUGCAGCCUCCACGCCCUGGGCAGGGUGGCUGUAGCUCUCCUGAAUGGUCGCCUUUUCCUGUGUAGCUCAGAUGUCACACCCACUUCUCCUGUUCUGGGCGAGGGCAGCUUUGUCAUGACAGAGUUGGCUGGCUCAACGCAUGAAAUCUACUGUCUUGCAGUUACCCAGACUGACAACACUUGGUCACUAUGGUGUGGGGGCAGCCAGGGCACCAUGAGUGUGUUUUGCUUGCGGGAUGAUGGUCUGGUGAUGAGUCAAGAUGCUGUGUCACACUUCACCAGCUCAACACCUCCAGCAAGUGAUUCCUCUGCUGACGUGUUCAUACUUCACGCUCCACAAAAUCUCUCCACAGUCUCUCCUCAUCUCAGAAACUCUAUCUGGUCUUAUGUCUACCCUGGGUGUGUUGUGUAUCACUGGGAUGCCAGGGAUCAGAAGGUGGUGAACCGACUCGACUGCUCCAAGCUGGUGCCAUGUUCUGAAAGCCUGCAGUCCAUCAGCAUAGAGGAGCACCUGUCCCCAUCACACUGCCAGGUGACGGCAGUGGCUGUGUGUGGCAGUGAGGUGUAUGUGGGCACUAAGUGGGGCUGUGUGGUAGUGGCAGAAGCUGAGUCAAUGCGUCCCAUCACUGUGUUCAGGCCAUAUGAAAAUGAGGUUCGUGCAAUAGUUCCUCUUCCUCCAGCAUCUGUGGUCUUGGAUCCAGGCAGCUCUGAGGACCAGACUGAUGGUUUUGGUGGGGACAGGGAAGGGGUGCCAAGUCCCACUCCUCUGCUGGCCACCAUAGGGAAGGGUUACAGGAACCUCUUGGGCCGCUAUGCACCCAUGCCCAGGUCAGCUCAUCCUGAGCCAGCACAGGCACAGAGGGCCAUGUACUGCUUACUUUGGAGAGCACAUCACUGGCUCAACACAUGAGGGACACUACAAUAUAUAUAUAUAUAUAUAUAUAUAUAUAUAUAUAUAUAUAUAUAUAUAUAUAUAUAUAUAUAUAUAUAUAUAUAUAUAUAUAUAUCCACACACACACACACACAUAUACAUAUAUAUAUGAAUUAAUAGUAAGGAAAGCCUUUUGCACAGUCUCUGUGAGACUUAAGUUUUGCAAAUAUUAAAGUGAAUAAGUUUGCUGUGCAUUAUAGCUCAAAUUGCCUCAAGUCACAAUGUUAACCAAGACAAGGUUGUACUCAUAUCACUACUGACCUGUUGUGGCUGUCAUCAUAGCUUGUAUAGAACUUGCAUCCUGUCAGGAUAUAUAACUCCUGAUACAAGAGUGGUAUAAAAAUUCUCUACCAUGAAGUGUACAGCUGAAGCCAUCCUGUUGAAGCUACAAGACAAAACACUCCUGCUGGGGCCAGGGGCCGCUCUUCUCUGGCCUCAGUGUGGGAACAUCACUGAUGUGCAUUUUAGCAUUACUUAAGAAAUGUGACUUCCGUAAUUAAUGUUUAAAAGGUUGUUGAAAUAUUUUUGAAGUUACAAAGUACAUUUUUUUGUAAAUGUGUUAAUAAUGCCAUAUAUAUGUUAAUUAUUUUCCCAUGCAGUUUUAAAAGAUAUUUGCCUUAAAAAUCACCUACUUAAUAAGAGGCAACUGAAGUGAUCCUCUAACCAAAAAAGCCUACUUAAGUAAGAUGUGAGAGUGAGCCUUAGUGAGCCUCAGUGUUAGUGCAGCAGGGGCAGACUGGAGCACCCGCACACCUUGUGAUGGCUGGUGGGGAGGACCACACACUAAUAGUGCUGGAAAUUAUUAAAGAAUUCAGAAUACUCAGUGGCAAUAAAUACUCAGUGAUAAAUAAAGCAAUGCUUGUUGUGUUUCAUUCUAAAAUGGAAAAUCAUUGAUUGGCUACUUAAUUCCUUUGAAGCAUGGUGUUAAAGAGGCAUCAUUCUGACUUAAUAUAGAUAAUUGGGAUGCCAGGUGCUGCCCCAGGCUCACAAGGCGUGCAGGAGCUGUGCCUGUGAGAGUAUAUUCUGCUGGGCUGCUGUGAGGGGAGGCUCUGAGAUAUAAUAAUGGUCGAGGGUGAGGGGGGGGACGACGUCAGCAUGUGUUUUUUGCAGUUAAUAUUUGUACCAAAGAUGGUUAUUUCAUGGAAUCUAGUAGUGUAUAUAGCUCAUCUUAAGUUGUGUUAUUGUAUUUAUAUUUGAUUUUUUUUUCAACAUGGCACAAGUGUGUACUGCUAAAACUUUAUCACACUACAACUACUUCUACUGCUGCCACCACUGCAACAUGUAAUAUACUUCACCACCACUGUUCAUCACACCUAUUACUACUACUACUACUACUACUACUACUAUGACUACUACUGUUUAACACUGGUACUACUGCUUUUAGUACUACUACUACUGCACAUCACAUGAACUUAAUACUACUACUUUCAUAACAAUAACUCCUGCUACUACUACUACUACUACUACUACUACUACUACUACUACUACUACUACUACUAUUACAACUACUACUUAAACUACCACCACCAUUGCCACAGUCACUACCACUCUGUCACACAAUUAGAUGAACUGAAUCUUGAUGAAAUUCUCCGGCAGAUUUGAUGAGGUUCUCCACUCCAUCCAUUCACUCACACAAGUCUUGCUUUCAGGUCACCACUGUCUGGGGGCAUAAUAUUGUAAUCAUCCUGUUAAUCUUAUUCUCUAGUCAUGCAACCAUUUAUUGUGAUAACUUUUUCUUGGCAGUUCAUCUUUCCUUUUCAUUCUUUGUGUAUCUGUAAAAGUGGAGGAUGGUUUGAGCAGUUCCCUGGAGCCAGCAAUUUGUUAUGAUAUAUAUUUUGUAAUCAAAGCAUCAUUCGCUGAGUCACCAGUCUCCACUUAACACUAUUUAUAAAGGAUCUUACUUUUUACUAUCAGGAAUUAUAUAUAUUUUGAGUAUAUGUGAAGCCCAUUAGGAGGUCUUUCCUUUUAUGAGUCUGUAAUAACAAGGUCCAUCUCCCGAUUCGUUGACAUGGUUUGGGAGAAGCAGUGACUUGUCCAUCCAGAUGACCAGUAACAAAAUUUUAAAUACCAAAUUAAAUAUAAAUAUACUUGUAGUUAUUUCUUUCAUCUUACUCUCCAACCUACAACUUAGUAGUAAGUUCAGUGUGGUGUUUUUUUUACUUUGAGAAUUUAGUUUAUUUAUUUAUUUAUUUAUUUAUUUAUUUAUUUAUUUUUUUUAUUAAUUUUUUUUUUAUAAGGUGUAAUGCCCUCCUUAACCCUUUGGGCACUAUGGUCACCCUUAACCUUCCUAGUACUAAAAACUGUUUGCAUGGAGACACAGGAAAGAAAAGGGAAAACAUAAGGUAAUUUUGUCUUUUUAAGCUACAAAAAUAUUUAUGAGAGCAUAGCACCAAAAUACUGUCAAAAAAAUUAUAGGCAUUGAAGAAAAAAAUUUGUUUAGCAUCAUAGAAACCCCAAGAAGCUUAUCUAAACAGUACCAGCAAGCCUACACCUCUCUAAUGAACACCACAGGAACAAUGAAAAAUUUACCUCAAGGCAGGAUAGAUUUACCCAUAAGUGCCCUGGCCAGAGACCGAAUCAUAGAAACACUGAUAAAUUGAUUUAAAGGGUGAUAUACUUCCAUCUCUCUCUUGAAACAUCACAGAAGCAAUGAAAAUUUUACCUCGAGGCAGCGUUUUUUAUUUUUUUUAAUUUUUUUUUUACUCAUAAACGACCUAACUAGAGAUUGAAUCAUUGAACUCCUGACACGAAGGUAUAAAGUACAGUGUCUUAGAUGGACCAAAAUAAUCACUAGGGGCCAAGAUAAUUCACUGCAGAAGCCUUGUGAGGGAGGCGCUGUGAACUGGACACCUGACAUGACGCUCUGGGCAACUUGAGUCAAAUAUAUUAAUAAUCUGUUGUUUUAAGGAUCUGGUUCCCUCUAGGGUGUACAGAAGAUGAGAGCAAGAGAUGUGUAGUAAUUUGAUAAUAAUAGUGGUCUGAAAUAUUAUGUGUGAUGACAGAAAAAUGAAGGAAAAGGAAGUGAGCGAGAGAGAGAGAGAGGGAAGAUGAACAAAGAAACAGCAAAGAACAUAAGAAUAAUAACAAAGAAAAUGAUAGAAGGAAAGAAACGUGGAAAGUUAAAGGAAAGACAAAGAGAGAAGAAAUAAAAGGCUGAGAAACAAUGAAUGAAGAGAGAAAGAUGAAGCGAAAAGGAAAAAAAUAAAGGAAAAAAAAGUGAAAAAAAGAAGAAAGAAAGAAAGAAUGAUCAGGGAAUGCGGGAUUUUCCAUGAGCUAAAUGUGGUCCCAUAACUCUAGUCUGUUUGUGAAAUAGAUAGGAUUAGGGACUGGUGGUAGUGCAGGCCGCGGUGAAUGGGAGUGUGUAAGGAGGGAGGGAGAAGCGUAGGGAGAGAAAGUGCGGCGGGUCAGAUACUAGGAAAAGAAAGAGAGAAAUUUAGAAAGGGUUAUGGGCAGGGGAUGAAGAGAGAAAGUGGAUGUCAGGAAGAGACAGGAGAAAGGAGCUGGGAGAGGGAAGGUAGAAAGAAGGGAAUGGGAUAUGGGGGAAAGAAGGAAGAGGGGGAUGGAAAAUUAGGGGAACGAAGGAAGGAGGUGGGAGAGGGAAGAGAGAAAGAAGGGAACUGAGAGAUGGAAGAAAGAAGGAAGGGAACUGAGAGAUGAAAGAAGGAAUGGAAGACAGGAGAUAAAUGGGAAGACGAAAGGAGCUGGGAGAGGGAAGGAAAGAAGGAAGGAGUUGGGAGAAGGAAGGGAGAAAAAAAGGGAAAUGGGAGAUGGGAGAAAGAAAGAAGGGGACUGAAAGAUGGGAGAAAAAAAAAGGGGAGAUAGGAGAUAAAGGGUAAAUAAGGUUAAGGAACUGAGAAAGGGAAGGAAAAAAAGAGCAUGGGAGAGUUUCGAUAAUUUCCACAUUUCUAAAACUAACACCAAUACCAUUCUACAUGGGAUGCAGGAAAUUAAACUAUUCCUCACGCUAGGCUCGGUCCCCUUAACCUCCCUUCCUCCUUUUUGUACCCAACUCUUUCUCCUUUAAUUUCUUUCCCUCUUCCAUCUCUUCUUCCUCUCCAACUUACCAACUGACCAUAUUUUCUCAUAUAUUGGUUCUUCCUAUCCCUUCCUUCCUACCCUCUUCCUUUUCUUACUGUUAUAUCAUGACUAUGUAGGUGUCGAGUCGUUGCGGAGACUCGGGUGUUUCUAACCAAGCGUAGUGUGAAUCAGCAGAUGUCGAUGUUUUGUUGUUAUCCAGCUCGGGACUCGGGAGGUCCCAGGGUGUAUAAAAAGGCAGCGGAGUAGCCAAGAAGCAUCAUCCAGCGAAGAGACAAGGAAGACGACACAAGGAGGCUCAGACGAAGACCUGCAGUAGAGACAAGAUGUUUGCCCUUCGCUCCUUGGUGGUGGUGGUGGUGGCUCUGCUGGCCCUGAUGUGCCUGACGGAGGCGGCUCCAGGAGGGCAGUAUUAUGGCAGCAGUCAUGGCAGUUUUGGUGGUGGUGGCUUUGGCGGUCGUUUCGGGAGCCACAGCAGCCAUGGCGGUCAUGUCGGGGGCUACGGCAGCUAUGGCGGUCAUUCCUCUCACGGUUACGUCAGGCCACGUCCCAGCUACGGAUAUGGACGGUAAGAACGUCUCCUGACACUGGCACGGCCCCUCCCUGAUCAAAAGACCCUGACGCUCCAUAAUCUCUCUUGAAGGCUUCACUCACUCGGAACCAAAAUGGGAACAACGCUGAAACGAUGGUUCUCUUUCGUUUUGAAUUUAGAUUGACGUGUGCUGGUUCCGAAGUAAGAGUUGUGGUGACGAGGUGGAUAUAAUAAAUUUUUAAAAACUUA